AUGACGUCUGAGGAAUGCCAGAUUUCAGAAGAACUGAAGGGUUGUUACGAGAAUCUUAUUGUAAUCGACAUUGGUGCUAAUUUAACGAACAAGAAAUAUGGCCGUGAUCUAGAUUCUGUAGUUCAAAGGGCAAAAGAUGCAGGUGUCCAAAAAAUAAUGGUUACUGGCACAUCAGUAAGAAGCAGUAAAGAAGCACUUAGACUCACACGCCUCUACCCCAGUACUAUAUACUCCACGGCAGGUGUACACCCACACGAUGCAAAGUCCAUGGUAGAGGAAGAGUUGUGGUCUGAGUUGCAAGCGAUAGCGGCUGCGCCGGAGUGUGUGGCGGUUGGGGAGUGCGGCCUCAACUACAGUAAGGACUUUUCUGAGCCGCAUGUGCAGAGGGAAGUGUUUAAACGGCAGGUUGAAAUCGCAUGUGAGCUACAAAAGCCACUAUUCGUACAUGAAAAAGAAGCACAAGAUGAUCUAUUAACGAUUUUAGACGAAUUCGGUAACAAACUACCGCCAGUCGUUAUCCACUCGUUCACCGGUACCGUCGAACAGGGUAUAAGAUAUAUAGAAAAGGGCUUUUACAUUGGAAUAACGGGUUACAUUUGUAAGGAUAAGUCCGAUGGAGGAAUUAGAAGAUUGCUGUCGGAGAGGAUUUUGCCCCUAGACAAGUUACUGGUGGAGACGGAUUCGCCGUUCAUGUAUCCGAAUAUAAGAGCUUCAAAACUGCCGUUGCACGUGAAAGAUUCGCUUACUGAGAGAUCGCAAAACUUCGUGCACAGAUACUGCACAUUUCAGCGGAACGAGCCGUGCGCCCUUCCAGCAAUUGUGGAACUGGUGGCGGGAUUCAGAGCUGAAAAGCCGGAAGACGUCGCCCUCGCCACUGCCUUCAACGCACUCAAGUUAUUCGGACUAAGCCAGUGA